CAUUUGUUUCUUGUUUAUCUGUUUUUAUUUAUUUUACUUUUUUAUUUUUAUUUUUGUUGUGAUUGGUAUGGCUAAUGGAUAUUAGGUGGUUCAGGAAGUCAAUUUGUGAGAUUAUAGUUGUGGGUUUUGAUUUUUUUUUUGGUGUGUUUUUUAGUGAAUUUUUGGUUGUGGGUGAUUUUGUUUUUGGACGGAAUGGGGAUUCUUUCUUUUUUUUUUUUUUUUCAUUUACGUCUAUCCAUUUUGGGAGGUAAUCUUGUUUGAGACACCGUCGGACACUAAAUGCGGCACCUCUCUUAGCCGAGAAUUCGACCUUGGUUCGUCAGAUUGUGAGAGACUAGCCUCUUCAGAUGGUAUGAUUUGGAGGUGUUUAUGUUAGUGUUGCAAGUGGUGCUAGGGAGCCAUGGGACUGGCAAGGAAAGAAAUAUAGUCUCAGAAGGACUUUUGAUUUUGAAAUUUCAGAAGAGCUGUGGAAUGAUGUCCCUCAAAAUGAAGAAGAUCUUUCAUACAUGUUAGAUGAUGAAACAACUCCAGUUAAGGCUUGUGGUGAUUUGGCAUAUAAUGUCAAUAAUGCUGAUAAUAUGCAAAAGGAACUGGAGGAAUGUAGGGAGACUUAUUCGCAAGCCAAGAGGCGGCGGAUGCUACAGUUCAACAGCCAAGAGAGCGAUCAAUCUCUAUCCAAUGAAGGGAUGUCUUUGUCAUAUUUAAAAAAUGGGAAGGAAGACCCAGUUAAGGAGAUUUUUCCAGAGGUGUCGCAAUGGGUGUCAGGGGCAUCAGAUUUCACUUUAGGAAAUGCAUCUGCAUCUGAUUAUGUGGACCUGGAAUCAACUGAAACGUGGCUUGCGGAUUACUUUAAUGAUGCUGAGAUGGAUAUCAGUCCCGAGGAAUUGAAAUUUUCAGUGGCAGAUGAUGUUCAAAUUGAUGGUACAGAGGUUAGUGCCAUCAAACCAUCACGUGAACAAAAUGUGGUUCAACAAACGCAUAUCCCUCGAACCACCCGUAAUAUUAUCUUCAAAGGUAGGAAAUCUUUUAUACAUAUGCCGACAAAGUUGGCUUCUUCUGUGGCCUAUCCAUUUGCCUUCAUUAAACCAAGUGGUGCCCAUGGAGACGUAACUCUGAAGGAAAUAAAUCAGCACAUUCAAACACCGCCUCCUUUGAAAUCAAAGCAAAGCAAUGAUGAUGAUCCAUCUGCUUACCCCAAGUCAGCCUUCUCAGGGAAGCCUGUGGUUGGUAAAACAAAAAUUCGCACUGAAGGUGGAAAAGGUAGCAUCACAAUUACAAGAACUAAAGGUUAGGCGUAAAUUGUUGACUACUAACGUUGUCUCUCACCCAUAUUUAAUGUUGGGAUUUACCUCAUUUUCUGUAAUAUAUCUGGCAGAUAUAGAAGUUGAUACUGCAAUUAUUUUUUGCUCUUGUUGACAUGCAUAUAUUACACCACCUUAGUGUUUCUUUCCAGCGGGGUCUAGUUAAUCUUAUAGCUCUUCUUUGGGGGGGAUACAUGAUUUUGUUUUGACUUAUGUAAUGAGAAUCAUAGUAUUUGUUAGAUCUUUAGUCCCCACCAUUCGUCGGCUCUACAACUGACAAACAAUUUCAUUAAGCUUGCCAUAGCUUUGUAAUGAAGUAUACAGGUUAUUUUUAUUUAGUGGCAUUGUUUAUAACUUGUCCAA